GACGGGAUCCGUGCGAGCAAGUAUGGUGCGCACCUCUUCCACACGAAGUACGAGCGCGUGUGGGACUACGUGACGCAGUUCUCCGAGUGGAUCCCUUUCGACCACCGCGUGCGCGGGCUCGUGCCAGACAAGGACGGCAACAAGCAGCUGGUGCCGAUCCCGCCAGUGCAGUCCACCGUGAAGAAGCUCUUCGGCGAGGAGAUAAACACUGAGGAGGACAUGAUCGCAUAUUACGACAAGGUCCGGGUGAAACCAGCUCACGGCGGGGAUCCCAAGAACAGUGAGGAGGCGGCGCUGGCGCGGGUGGGACCCGACCUGUACGACGCCAUCUUCAAGAGGGGAAGGGCACUAUACCAAGAAGCAGUGGGACAAGUACCCCGAGGAGCUGGAUGCGUCCGUGAUGAUGCGCUUGCCGUGCAGGACCAACACGGACGAGCGCUACUUCCCCGACGACUGGCAGGCGCUGCCGCUGCGGGGGUACACGCGGAUCUUCGAGAACAUGAUCCUGAGGGACCCGGGGAUCCCAACAUCUCCGUCCGGGUGAACUGUGACUACUUCGCGGAGAAGGAUGCGGGCAGGCUGCCAGAGUUCGGCAACCUCAUCUACACUGGUCCCAUCGACACUUAUCCCGACCAGGGCAUGCCCAAGCUGGAGUACAGGUCGAUCCGCUUCGAGGAGGAAUUCAUACCAGAGCCUGAUGCAGGUUUUUUUCAGGAGACCCUCGCCAUGGUGAUCAACUACCCAUCCUCCGACGUGCCGUUCACGCGGAUAGUUGAGUACAAGCACGUCCCCAACCAGACAGAGGCCGUCAAGGAGGGCAAGGUCAAGGGCACCCUGAUCGCCAAGGAGUUCAGCAUGGCAGACGGACCGGAAGGGGGGGGACCCGUACUACCCGGUCCCGAACCCCGAGAACCAGGCGCUGUACGAGAAGUACCGGGCCCUGGCGGAGAAGGAGGAGGGCGGCAAGGUGUGCUUCGUAGGACGGACGGCUGGCCUCGUACAAGUACUUCAACAUGGACCAGGCCAUCCUGA